AUGGGUACUACUGGCUACGACAACGGUCAGUUCUGGCUAAUGAUCGAUACGGACCCUGUAAUGACCAAGAUUGGCGCAGCAGGUCUUGCGUUUGUAAGCGCUUGCUACCUGUACGUCGUCAUAAAGAUGCUGCGUUGGCAAAAGACUGUGCUUCAUCUUCAGCAGGCCAGUCAGAGGCAUGAAGAACAACGACGUGCGGACUCUGCUGUAGAUUCGUGGAUGCGUGCUGCAAGUCUUCGCUGUAAGACUCAAUACGUGGAAUUCACCUCCUUUCGUGGGAACAAACGGAAGUUUUGGAAUGUGUGCUUGAAGAUCUUCAAUUUGAGCAUGCAGAUGACAGUGCUGCUCGAGUUGCUGGAAACUGGGAACCCGGUAGCUCUUGUGUACGGCUACACAGCUUUUAUCUCGCUGGGCUCGUUGGCCGGAGCACUCAAGAUACUGAUCGGCAAGUUCUCUGCUAUGGGGGAAGUCGUCGCCGGUUGUCCCUUCGACCUGUUCGCUGCAAUAGUUUUUCCUUGUCUAGUACUCGUGUACUGCUUCUACAAUUUCCAAUUUGACGACGCCGUCUUCGCGACAUAUCUGGAAAUUCUCCCCGUCGGCAGCUUUGAGCGCUCCGCUGCAGUCUUCGCUGACCCCUCCGAGAUGGCACUUUUCCGCUUGGCGUUUGACUCGCUUCGAAUCAAGUCCACUCUCGAUUUGGUUCUAAGAGUUGGCAUCAACCUUUCGUUUUGUUAUCGGCUGAAGCGCAUUGGAGAUGUCCUUAGACCGGUCCCCAGAGUGGUCGCAGUCUUCUUCAUCGCAUUCAGUGUCGUGGUCUGGAUGGUCACUAACCAAGUCAUCGCAGACUCACACGCACACUGCUCUCAUUACCCGCAGUGUGUUGUCUACGCCUACCGCUGGAAACAGGGCGGGGUGUGUCCGUGUCGAAUUCUGAUUGACGUGGAUCGGGCACCAAGAACGUACGACGAGUGGACCAAUCCAGUCGACGUGUACAGCACCGUUCAGGCACUGGCGACUGCAGGAGAAUUGCGGUCACUUCAGCUGAUUAAUCGCCAACUGCUCGAAUUGCCGGAAGAACUUCGAGCCUGCCGCCAACUUUCGUCCUUGGAACUCAUUUAUACCGGUAUUCAGAAGAUUCCGUCGUGGACCAAGGAGUUCAAGUACCUUCAAACUCUCCAUUUGGAAGGGAAAGUGGGCAGUCAAAAUCUCCUUUUACUGCCCGACGACCUUUUCAAUGAUAUGCCGUGGCUAUCCACAAUUCACAUUGGGAUUCAUCCAGAGCUUUCGCGUAUUCCGUCUCUCAGUGGUGUUCCGAAUCUCCAGAGUGUGACUCUAGCCUGGUUACUCGAGCUACGAACCCUCCCGAGUUUUGAUCACGUUUCUCGGCUGCAGAGUCUCGUCUUGGGGCUGCUGCCUCACCUCGAACAGAUACCAGACAUGGCACCGCUGAAAGCUCUCUCGGACUUUACACUUUCGCUCCCAAUCCAACUCUGCUGCAAUGGAUUUCGUGGGAAGUGCGACUUAACUGACGACUUCUGCGUCCAAAACUCUCGCUCGGGUAUCCCAGCGGCGUCUUGCUUCAAGGGUGAACCUUUUCUUGGUAAUGCUGGUACCCAAGAAGCGUUCACUCGAUUCGAUGCCAGCAUCUGCCAGAAAAUGUCUUCCGACUUGCUGGUUGUACCAGGUGGGCCUACUAAGCAAACGAUCGAAAUAUGCGACAGCAAACCAUUCGCCCAGUGUGAGGGUCCUGACGGAGGAGUUGGCAUCUGUUACAAUACUCGUAUGCAGGUGCUGUCAUGCUAUGGGGACGAAAACUACAUUAAGCUACGUCGGUAUCAGAUUCAGAAAGAUAUUGGGCAAAAAUGUGAUUCCGUCCUGGAAGGAUGGCUGGGCUGCAGAGACUGA